CCUGCCCUGUACCGUGGGACUCGAUUCAAACGGGACAGCAUGGUAGGCGAGAGCGGCGAGCAGAGUUGCCAGGCGGCGAGAGGGCUCCAGGAUGGAUCUGUCUGAUGCCUGGGAUCCCUACAGCCGGCCGGCCCGCAGGACCCAGUGGCUGGUCAGCGCCCUGGCGUACCACUACGGGCUGGACCGGGGCGUGGAGAACGAGAUCAUCGUGCUGGCCACGGGCUUGGAUCAGUACUUGCAAGAGAUCUUCCACCACCUGGACUGCGAGGGCGACGGCAAGAUCCCCGGCGAGGAUUUCCAGACCCUCUGCCUGGUGCUGGGGCUGCAGGACGAGGAGGCGGGCGCCGACCCGGAGGAAUGCGCCGGGCUAUGCGAGAACCUUUCUUCGGACGUGACUUUCCGGCAGUUCCAUGCUAAGUUGUGCGGGUACUUCAGCACCAAGGCCGGCUGCCAGGCGCCGGGCCAGGGCGUCAUGGGGGUGGCUCGGCUGCCGGUGGGCAAGGAGAGCGAGCACAUUGAGACCCAGAUCCGGCUCCGCAGCCCGCUCCGCCGCCGCAGAGAGAAGGCUGCGGCUGGUUGCGGCGGGGCUUCGAGGAAGAUGGGCGGCGGCGGCGGCCGGAGAAGCAGCGCCAGGGGCUCCUCCCCCUCCUCCUCCUCCUCUCCUCCGCCUUCUUCCCCCGGGUCAGCCUCGGCUUGCAGGCUGCCGUCGGGCUCGUGUUCCAGGGAGUGCUACGAGGAGAUCGUGGCUUUGGAGCAGGCUGAGGACCGGAUCGUCAAACUCGAGGACGAAAACGCCAGCCUCCGCGAGCUAGUCGAGGACAUGAGGGCGGCUCUGCAAAGCAGCGACGCCAGGUGCUUGGCGCUACAGGUGGGAUUGUGGAAGAGCCAUGCUAAUCAUAAGAAAAAUGGGGCCUGCUUUAUAGGAAACCAGAGACAAUUAACUAACAGUCAGUCCCAGACUUCCAAGUGCCUUCAAAGUGUUCUAAAGGAAGUUGAACUAAUCCGGAGUUCUAGGGAUGGACAAAUUGAAGAAGCAAUUAGGUUUAAUCAAGAAUUGGAGAAAGAACUGAGGAAUUCUCAUGAAGCUCUGGUCGCCCUGGAAGACUGCAACCGCAGUCUAAAGAGGGAGCAAGCGGAAAUGAGGAGAAAGGUUGAAGAAGCCCGAUAUGCUGUCCUUAACAGCCUUGGAAAAGUAAAGGAACUUGAAGCUAAAGCCCAUAAAGUGCCACAAUUGCAGAUAAACAUCCAGCAGCUAGAAUCAGAGGUACAAUAUUAUAGGUUGGAGGUCUUGAAGCACCAGCUUCCUUCACAAAGCAGCUCGGCACAGAAGGCAAGUGCAGCAUUGGAGGGUGAACAAUAUGCCUUAGCAGCUGUACACCAAGAUAGAAGUUCACCCACUGGUGGUGCAGGGAUAUCGGAGAACGUGGAAGAUCAGAUGUUUCGUUCUGUGGAAGGCCAGGCUGCUUCUGAUGAAGAGGAGGAGAAAUGGACAGGAGACCAGCAAGCUCAAGUGGCUGAAGUGAAGAAACUCCUAUCUAGACUUCCCUGUUGCAGUAGUGGAUGUGAUGACACAAUUCUGAAGAAGCUGAUGGCCUCCUUUGGGACCAUCAGUAGAGAUGGGAAUGAGAACGCCAUUGUGGAACUAGUCAAUCGACUCUCAAAGUUAACAGAACAGCUUGAGAUGAAAGGGCAAGAAGUGAAAACACUGGAAGCAAAUAUGGAAGAGAACAUAUCUAAACGCGCCUUGGGGAGAAUCUUACUAAGCACUUUGGAAUCCUGCUGUGACCCAGAAUAUGGAAAACCACAUGUUGUUGACAUCUUAGACACCCUCUAUCAUGAACUGACUGCCUGUGAACUCAUUCGAAAUAAGCCUCUUGAGAAGACUCCAGGUCACCAGUCCUUGGCUAACCCUUUGGCUAUCUCCUGUUGAGCAAUAGUGCUAUCUACAGUGAAUUGUGAUUAUUACCCCCCAGAGGGCUUGAAAGCCACAAUACAAAAAUACAGAGUGCCUUGCCAUCCAGAAGACAUGUAAAACUCAAAAGCCAGAAUAAUAAAGAGACCAUUGUUGAAAUAUGAGGAGCCAUUACAGAGCCAAUGUAUUGUCAGUAGUGACUGGCAGCAAAUCUUGAACACAGCUCUAGGUUCUGAUGCACGUGUCUUUUCCAGCCCUGUCCCAUGAGCUCUACUGCAUUGAAAAUUCCUGGAAUUCAUGUUUGAGAUCUUGUAUGUAUACAACCUGUAUUCUGCCACUUUGCUGUGCUCUCCUGAAAUUGCAUAUGAUACUUCUGGGAAGUUCUGUAAUUUCUCAUCUAAUUUCUAAGCAAGCCUUAUCUAGGAGACUGCUCAUUUCUCCUGAGGAUUAUUUAAUAAGUGGCACCUAAAGCCUCCAUGUUAUUGCUAUCAGAAAUAGUCCGAUCCAUUGUAUACAAGGUAUUUUGUGACUAACCCUGUAGACCUUUAAGUUCCUGAUUAUAAUAGGAGAGGUUAACAGUGGCUUUCUUAUUAUCUGUUACAAUACGGUAGUUUAUCUUCCCUUGAGCAUCUAAGGUGUGUGGGCACACCUUCUUAAUGUACAAAGGGGAAAUCAGUAUAAUAAAAAUAGGCCAAGGCUGCGUAAACCUCAUAGCAACCUGUAAGAUAGCUAUAGGUUGUUAUCACUACCUGUAGUCAUGAGGGACUGUGUGUUCUGUAGAGGACAUGUGUUUGUGUGGUGUCAGUUUGUGACCUUGUAAACACAGAGCUAAUUUAAUUCUAUAGUUGUGUUUGCAUUUCUGUCCAACUGGAUAUUUUAUUUAAAAUUAUAGGCACUCUACAAAUGUAGUUAUGCUCUGAAAGUAGCUUUUAACUACUGUCCUAUUAUUACAAAUUUUUAGAUUGCUAUAUUAAA